AUGGCGACCACGUGGGCGGACGAGGAGAAUCACUGGCGCCGCACGUUCUGCCAGGUGCCGUUCGGCGCCAUCUACGAGCACGCGGACAAGGGCAAGCGCAGUCUGCAGGGCCUGGUGGCGUUCUUCCGGCGCAAGGCCGAGGCGGAGCGCGGCGCGAGCGAGCAGCUCCGCGAGCUCCUGCUGGACGAGAUCGGCGCGCUGGAGGAGCCGGGCACGGGCGUUCGCCGCGCGCUGCUGGAGCUGCGCGGCUUCGUGGACGCCAGCUGCAGGCAGCAGCUGCUCAUGGCGCAGGUGCUGGACGAGCAGGUCGCGGGGCCGCUCGAGUCGCUGCAGGACGCGUCCGAGACGUACAUCCAGACGCUGCAGGGCGAGAUCCUCAACGCCAACAACGAGUACGAGGAGGCUACAGCCGCCCACAAGGAGGCGGCCAGCAGACUGAGCAAAGCCUCGGCCGAACUGCGCGACGCCAAGGACAGACAGAGACUCGCGCUGCAUGGUAUUGGUGUGCCGGAGUUUGAGUUGCAGCGACUGGCUGCUCGAGUCGCCAGGUGUGAGGAGGAGCAGGCUCAGGCGGUGAUGGCUCGGGCUCGAGCCAAGACGACCAUGUACAACCGCAUUAUCGCCAGGGACGAGAUGACGAUGGCUGUGAGUGUGGCGUAUCAGAAGGCGGAGGAGGAGAGGCUGGACCAGCUCAAUGCGAGCUUGCACCGGUUUCUUCACGUGGAGAAGGAGCGACUGCAGGUCUCGCAGCAAAUGCUGGCGUCGCUCGAAACGCACGUGCAGAGCUUGAGCCGUGCGGAGGAUAUCCAGCUGCUCAUCCAUAACCAGCGGGACCCGGACAACAUGCACUUCCAGGGGAAAGCGCUGGCGUUGCUGGAUUGGCAGUGGAGUAAGAUGCAGGUGGACCAUGCAGCCGCCACUCGACGACACCCGCUUGGCCUGCUGGAACGCCGAAGCAGCAUCGAGGAUGGCUCAUUUGCGUCGCCGACCUCAUCAACGGCCUCGACAACAGCGUCAUCCUCUCCAAGACGGAUCAAUGCUGCUGUCGCCGCUAUGACUUCAGUGACACCGUUGGACAGCCCGCAUAGUGUGCUUAUGCAGACCCCGAUGAGCGCCGCUCUUCACCGCUAUUUCGGCGAGGAUGCAGAACAUGGUGAGGCUCUCGUGCGCGAUACGUGCAAAACAGCGGAAGGACGCGCCUUGUUUGUGAAGUGCUUGAAUCGGCAACGGAGCCUAGAGACGAAGGUCAAGGAUAAAGCGAGUUUUGAUGCUCUUGUCGUUUGCUUCAAUGCGUUCCUCGAUGAGUGCGUUCGGGAGGACGAUAUCAAAGCGGCCAAGACGGCGAUGAUUCUGGCCGAGACAUUCUAUUACCCGAAAUCGCAGCAAGAUACUGCAUCGGCUGAUGACUUAAGACGACGCAGAUCCUCACUGUGCGCAGACUGCAGAGACUACACGGAGCGUACGAGUGAGGAGUUGCUUCAGUAUGUGGACGAAUCACACCCGCUGCUUCAUGGCGGGGGAAUUGGACGCGGUGCCUCUCGAACAUAUUUACAGGAAGAGGUGAAGAAGCACGCCAUUUGGAAGACGCCAUCGUUUUGGGAGAAGGCGCUCUUGCUAGCGAUCGGUGAAGAGCUGCAGCGGACGCCACAGCCAUGUCCGUGGGAAGAGCUCCCGAGUGGCGGACCCAAACACGAUGGCUUGCCGUCGCGCGAAGAGGCAGUGUGCCGCGUGCACAACAUCGUAUUCGGCCAACUGGGCUCGUUCACGCUGAGCAUGCUCGAGUUUGAAGUGCCUCUCGCGCAGAUCGAGUCGUUUGUGGAGACCAUGUGCGACGCGCACGAGCUGACGGAAGACCAGCGCUUCCUGCUGCGGAAGAACUUGCAGGAGAUCUUCGCCACGCUGCGGUGA